AAUACCGUUAUUAAUGCAGGCCAAGAGGCUGAGCUCGCUCCUCUCCUCCCACCUCCCCCCACAUGAGUCGCACUGGCUUAUCAGCAAGCGCAGUCCUCUUUCCGGCCAAUUGAUUCUGUCUCUCCUCAGUCCCCACUCUCGCCCUCCGACCUCCACGCAAGCUCCCAUCAUUACAUAGCCAUCCCUCCAUUAUUCACUGCAGUCGAUCCCGUCUUCUCGAAGAGCAAUUCUCGAAUUGUUGGCCUUUCGACAACUCACUUUGAUUGCGCUUGUCUCCUUCGUCUGUCGAUGCCCAUAACGUGACGCGUUCUUCGACUUGACUUCCACGGACCACCUCCGCAACCGUGGUUGUCUUGCUGCGGCUCUGGCCCCGACUCGACGCUCAUGAGCUCCGUUGUGCCUCUUUCUCGUUCUCAAAUACCAUAGCCUCUUUCUGAAUGGCACGCAAAUUCACUCAUCAGAGAGUGAGCUAUGUGCUCCCUCUUCCAGAUGCCCCGGGUGGGCACCGACUUGGUGUUAAUGGUCUUGCUGUUGACACCGAAAGCGGCAUUUUAUACUCUGCAGGUCGCGACGGUGUAAUAUGUUCCUGGGACCUGAACCACAAAACGUCGUCUCCACCUGCUGCCUCCCCGAAGAGCUCUAAAACGACUACACAUAGACAUCAGGUCCAGGCGCAUAGUCAUUGGAUAAACGACAUCGUUCUGACACAAAAUAACUCUGCCUUGGUUUCCGCCUCGUCAGACACGACAGUCAGGGUUUGGAGACCACAGUCUGAGACCGGCGACCUCCCAACUUCUGUCGGCCGUCAUGCCGACUACGUCAAGUGCCUAGCGACCUCAGGACUGCAGCCCAACUGGGUCGCAUCAGGAGGGUUGGAUCAAAAGGUUAUUCUAUGGGAUCUCAACGGCGGAGGCGAUAUAUUGAAAAUCGACACCUGCGGGGACGAAGUCACCGAAAAGGGGUCUGUAUAUGCUUUAGGGACAGGCGGCUCGGUCUUAGCAAGCGGUGGCCCGGAGUCAGUGGUACGAGUUUGGGAUCCAAAAUCAGGAAAGCUCAUCACCAAAUUCGUGGGACACACAGAUAAUAUUAGAGAUAUCCUAAUCAAUGAAGAUGGAGACACUAUUAUGUCCGCCUCUUCGGACCAGACUAUCAAGGUCUGGUCGUUGACUGCAGGUCGAUGUGCGCAUACAUUAACUAUGCACAACGACAGUGUGUGGUCACUCUAUUCAGAUCACCCCCAACUGUCGGUGUUUUAUUCUAGCGACCGAUCAGGUCUCGUUGCAAAGACGGAUACACGAAAUGUUCCCGAUAUCGAUCAAGGAACAUCCAUUGCUGCUCUUCAAGAACACGAAGGCGUUAUCAAAGUUGUAGCCGCAGGCGACUCUAUUUGGACUGCGACUCCGAAGUCUAGCAUCAACCGCUGGAAUGAUGUGGAUACAAGUGCGGAUAUUGAGCUUCCGAAUAACUCAGCUCAGCGUUUGAGUGCCGGUUCACCUACAGAAUCGCCCCCAGAGACUUCAAACCAAGCCCCUUUAGGGGCGACUAAUGGAACUACCAGAAAGAAAAUACCUCAUAGCUCCCUUCUCUUGCUCUCAAAUACGUCAACCUUUCCAGGGUUAGACCCGGAAAGAGCUACUAUAUACUCCUCUGUUAGCGGCCGAAAACCGUCAGACCUUGUCAAUGAUGACGAGCUUGGUGUUGUAAUGCCUGUGUAUGCAAUGCCGGAGGAAACAAUUGAGGGACAGCAUGGAUUGAUCAAAUAUUUGUUGCUCAAUGAUAGAAAGCGAACAUUGACUCAAGACACAGCUGGAGAGGUUGUUAUGUGGGACCUGGUCAAGUGUGUACCGAUACAAACGUUUGGAAAACGACACAUUGAUGACGUCGCAUCGGAAGUCAAUACGGUCGAAAGCAUAGCCCAUUGGUGUACAGUGGACAUUCGAACUGGACGUUUAUCUGUUAUCUUGGAACCGAAUCGCUGUUUCGAUGCCGAGGUGUAUGCGGAUGAUGUAGGUAUUACGGGCGAGUAUGAACAUGGUGCAGAUCAGAGACUGAAUCUUGGAAAGUGGGUUCUUCGAUGGUUGUUUGGCGAACUAGUUGAAGAAGAGGUUCGACGUGAUGAAAAGUACCGUGAAGCAGCAUUAGCAAAAGCAGCCGAAUAUCAUGACAGUGCUCCCGUUCGGAUCGAUUUGCCAACACCAAGAACACCAGGAUCACAAGGAAUUCCAGAACCGUUAUCAACAACACCGCGCGCUCUGAAUGGAUUGCAACCACAUAUUGCCUCGCCAGGUCUAAAUAUAGGCACAGUAUCUCCCGGAGGUGCUAAUCUUAGCUCUUCCCUUCCUAGAAGCGAAGAAGACCCAUUGCAUACAGGCUUCAACCACGAUUUGGCCAGACAUCCGUCCUCUGAGAAGCAAAAUGACUACUUUUCUAACGCACAUGCCAUCGAGGCGGAUAAACCAGUCCAAUCUGCAGCAGAUGAUCAAACACCUACGGCACUUCCUCAGUCACCAGCUGAGCCAGAAAAGGAGGAGAAAAGAAAAGGCUCGUUAUUUGGCAAGAAAUUCAGGAUGGAAUUCCCCAAAAAGCUUGGCAGGACCUCGGGCGAUGUGAAAAGCCCAUUGCCAGAGGAAAAGCCAGAAGAAUCUGACAAAUCAUCCGAGAAGGAAGAAAAGGUGUUUGAGAAUAGUCUCAACGGGGUUAUUGAACGAAUACACCAUGAGUACGAAACAUUUCUAGCUGCUAACCCUGGCUCAACUCUAGACUCGGGGAUCACCCCUAGCCCGGCCAGCGAAGCACCAGUAUUGCGUAUCCCGUCAAAUACAUCAAUAUUGAUCCAAGAAGAAUCUGGUGAUACGGCUGUAGCUGCGGAUCUUUACCAGGGGUUUGUGGGAAAUGUGCGAGAAGAGGUCGACAAGCUCGAGCAAGCGAUUCCUCAUUGGCUGGGAGAAUUAUUGUUGAAGAAUCAAAUUAUCGCAAAGGAAGUGGUGAAGGUUGCUUUCAUUCUAAAGCCAUAUGAAGACCAACUUCCUCCUGUGGUCAAACCUGAUGGGGCGGCCAACAAUAAUAGCUCUCGGCUGAACGCCAACCGUAUGCUCCGAGCCAAGAAGAUUCUCGCGUACAUCGCCGAGCGGAUUGAUCCAGCAGACCCAACAAACCCAGAUCCGGAUCCCAUGAAGCCUGAAGAAUAUUUGGACCUAUACUGCCAAAACACUUUGAUUCCGGAGAAUAUGACAUUGGCAACAAUACGAACACACAUUUGGCGCUCCGGUAGCGACAUGGUCCUUUUCUAUAAAGCCAAUGGCAAGAAAUUGAUUCGGCCACCAGUGACAGAAGCUCAAACUGUAGAUGUUCAAGCGAGUGAUGAUUCAAAUGCUGACAACCACCCGAAUGGCGCCUUGUCCCAGACAACCGCCCAAAGUCAAAACUCAGAAACCCCUUCUAUUUCUGGCUUAUAAAUAGCCAUUAGAAAAGAUUCUGUCCUCAUGAAUAGUCAAAAUGUACUGUAGACCAUAUUAUAAGUGCUAAGGAAGCGUUGCUUAUUGUUGUAAAAUUCGAUGGUGGUUUAGGGCUAGUGUCUAAUGAUAGCAAACCCUAAUGCAAUCGGGAUUUGAAGCAGCGGUGCAUUCCUUUCGAUAUUAUUUGAUAUUUGGGCCUAGUUUCAAUGGUAGAUACACCAUAAAUUAUCAAUCUAAUUCAUAGGGCACAUUAAGC